GCAACAAAAAUAGGAGUGGGCAAAGAAAGAACGAUGUUAAGUAUGAUGCACUGUGAUAAUCUUGAUAUUUAUUAUUCAGUAUAUAACUCUACAAAAUAGUGGCUAAAAUGCAUCUUGAUUUUACCUGUUUUUCAUUUCCAAUUAAUGAAAAUGUGAAAUGCACGCCUAUAUACUAAAAAAAUCAGAAUGGACAAAAGUUUUGCAUUUGUCUUUGCAAGAUGCAUCCUUGUUCUUCAUUUUCAAGCAUUUGGUAAUACGUAUGUAUUUUAUAUGUUUAUAUUAUUACUUUCUUCCACGGAGUCAUUAGCAAUUUGUUGUUUAUCUUCCGUCUGAGAUAUCCUUGGUGCUCUCUCAGCUUGUUUUCUUGCAGACGUUUCAUUACCCAAACUAGGUAACAUCAUCAGUGUUAGCCAGCACUGAUUUGGGUAAUGAAUCGUCUGCAAAAAAACAAGCAAGCUCAGAGAGCUACAAAUAAUCUUUUAUUAGUAUCUUCCAUCUGCUUGACCACUAACAUUGAACAAAAGCGAAAGAGGAAAUCCAAGGAUGCAUCUGAGACAAGGCUGACUUUCAACCAUCACUUUCCUAGUAUUUUUGGCUUUUUACAUCCCCCUUUCGGUCGGCCUACUUCCAUCUGUACCAUACGAGGAAAGCUCUGUGUUACUUCGUUUGGCUCAUGAGGCUAGCCCACUCCCGCGGGCUUAUGUUUUGCCUCAAUCAAAAGGCGGCAGGCCAUUAUUUCGCCAACACGAGGCUUCGUCGUUCAUUCUCCCUCCCGUCAUGAGUGCUAAAGAUCCCUCUGGCGUUGAGAAGUGCCACUAACCCCCUCUGGACGCCCGUGGGGCGAAGAGGGGGGGAUAAUUCACGCCCCAGGGACGAGGCGCAGAACAUCGCCUCUCUUUCUCUCUAGCGCCGCGGUGUCAGGCGGGCCGCCGUUCCUGGUUCACGCCGCAGCGCGUCUCGUGGGCGGACUCGUCAUGGAGGCUGCGGCUCCGUGAAGAGGAGGAGCAGGAGGGAGGCGGCACGGUGGCUUUCAGUUCAGCCCUUCCAGAGAGGGCCUUGUGCAGCCAGUUUCGAGCUGCCGCUGCUGCCGCUGCCGUCACUCCGAGAGCGCGCUUGUCAAGUUCUGGCGGUUCGCGCCCAACCUCACCAGCGCCGCGGCCGCCUCGCUCUCCUUUGCAGGUUUCUGCACUAUAAGUGCCUUAUGUAGUCAUUGUACAGAAAACUUCGUCGUUCUGAUGAUCAUCUCUCAUGGCUAGAUAUUGGCGUUUACUUUACAAAUCAUCUAUAGCAGCUGCUUCUUGUGAAUCUGAUUCCAGCAUUUAGAAAACGGGAGAAAAAAUAUUGAACCAAACAAGAGGACUGCUGAAUCUGUAGCUUUUCCUAUCUAAUUAACACCAACAAAGAGGAUAAUACAGCCUAAAAUGUAUAAAAGAAUGCCAUUGUAUGAAAACAGAGUUUUUUCCCAGUAACAGGAACGCUGGCCAGAAAUGCUACUGUGCAUGGUUUUUUUGCAGGCAAAAGUGUACAAAUGGCAUAUAUUGGUUGAUAACUACAAUGUUCACUGAUAAUAGCUGCUUAUUCAUCUUUGUAUGCAUUGGAUUUUCUUAAGCUACACCUGAUUUUAUUGAAAGGAACAUCUUGAUUUUUUUGGAGUUUUUAAACAGAGGCUAUUUCAUUAACAACUCACAAAAUCGAAAGCAGUUUUACAUCAUGGCUUCAAUUGUUGCUCCAGUGAGAGACACAAAAUGGCUGACAUUAGAAGUGUGCAGGCAGUUUCAGAGAGGGACUUGUUCACGUUCUGAUGAGGAAUGUAAAUUUGCACAUCCAUCCAAAAGCUGCCAGGUUGAAAGUGGAAGAGUGAUUGCCUGCUUUGAUUCUCUAAAGGGCCGUUGUGCAAGGGAGAACUGCAAAUACCUUCAUCCACCAACACAUUUGAAAACUCAGCUAGAAAUUAAUGGUAGAAACAACCUGAUCCAACAGAAAACUGCAGCAGCAAUGCUUGCACAGCAGAUGCAGUUUAUAUUCCCGGGAGCACCUUUUCAGCCAAUGCCAUCAUUUCCAGUAGGACCAACAAUAGGAUCUAAUCCAGCACUAAACUUUGCAUCAUAUUUAACUCCAGUUACUUCUGGGGUUGGAUUAGUUCCUACGGAAAUUGUUCCCACACAAUCUGUAAUUGUUCCUGGAAAUCCCGUCUCUGUCUCUGGAUCAGCUCCACCACAGAAACUCCUCAGGACAGAUAAACUGGAGGUUUGCAGGGAAUUCCAGCGAGGAAACUGUGCACGGGGUGAAACCGAUUGCCGCUUUGCACAUCCUUCUGACAGCACAAUGAUUGAUACAAAUGACAACACUGUAACUGUUUGUAUGGAUUACAUAAAAGGGCGUUGCCUGAGGGAAAAAUGCAAAUAUUUUCAUCCUCCUGCUCACUUGCAGGCCAAAAUCAAAGCUGCUCAACACCAGACAAACCAAGUGGCAGUGGCAGCCCAGGCAGCUGCUGCAGCUGCUACAGUCAUGACUCAGUCGACUGCCAAAGCAAUGAAGCGACCUCUUGAAGCAGCCGUAGACCUGGCCUUUCCACCUGCUGUCCUUCAUCAUUUACCAAAGAGACAAGCACUUGAGAAAAGCAAUGGUGCCAGUGCUGUUUUUAAUCCCAGUUUCUUGCACUACCAACAGGCUCUUGCUAGUGCACAGUUGCAGCAACAUGCAUCAUUUAUUCCCACAGGGUCAGUUUUGUGCAUGACACCUGCUACCAGUAUUGUUUCCAUGAUGCACAGCGCUACGUCCGCCACUGUCUCUGCACCAACAGCUCCUACAGCAAGUGUCCCCUUCGCUGCAGCAGCCUCAGCCAAUCAGAUAAUCCUGAAAUAGUGAACAGGAAUGGAAUGGAAUGUCAAGAGGCCUUGUUGAGAACAGCAAAGCAUUGUUAUUGUACAUACAACCCUGUCUCUUCCUUAACAGAAUUGCCACAAACUGCAUGCUGAAUAAAGAGUUUAUUCAUCUGGACAAAACACACUUAAGAGCUAGUGCUGCUAUAUCAUAUAUGAAUAUUAAGAUGAUAUGCUUAGUAUAUUCAAAACUAAUCUAGUUAACUACCUGAUGCCAGCUGUGAUGGUUCAAGACAUACAAGGGUAAUAUUUUACUUUUCAAAGUUUUAUAUAACACUGUUUACUUCUUAGGAAUAUUGUCUUAUCACCAUAAAAUAGUGAAUGUAAGUCGUCCCAUUCAUAUAUCGCAGGGUUCACGGUUUUACGACUCUUUCAAUGUUAGCAAUAACUGAUUUACAUUGGCCACUAAAUCCAAGAUCUAACUGCAUGAAUAGUUUCCCAUGAGAGCUGUUGCUUUGGUUGCAUGUUUCUUCAACUGACCUACCUGCACCCCAGAUUGCCCAGAGAAAUUUUUUUGAAACUGGACUUUUAAAAGUACUUUGUAAUGCUGCAAAGGAGAAUCUGGUUCCAGAGAUGUAGGUCAAGGGAAUUAAAAAAAAAA